AAGUUCGAGAGGGACGACAGAGGCGCACGGUGCCAGAGCCACGACCAGAGCAGCCUCGCAGCGCGACACACUGUUUCCACGGUUUUCCUGCUCCGCUCAGAGCCGGUGUGCAGGAGGCAGCAGGGCCGAGACAUGCGAGCAGAGAGCCGCUCGGUGGGUCACAGUUAACGCGGCGGAGCCUUGUUUUAUUCCCCCAAGAUGAAUAAAGAGCCGAAGAGCCUGCGACAGCCCGCCGCGGCUCUGCUCUUCCUCCUCCUGUGCGUCGCGGUGCAGCGAUCCGACUCUGCGGCUUGCCAGGGAUGUGCAGGAUCCAAAUGUGACUGCAGCGGAGUGAAAGGAGCCAAGGGUGAGAGGGGUUUCCCAGGUCUCACCGGUCAGCCAGGAGUCCCAGGGUUCCCCGGACCAGAGGGCCCGAUCGGAGGCAGAGGAGAGAAGGGAAGUGAUGGACCUCAAGGACCAACGGGUCCAAAAGGAAUCAGAGGGCCUCCUGGAUUGCCAGGAUUUCCAGGAACACCAGGACUUCCGGGUCUGCCGGGCCAGGACGGACCUCCAGGCCCCAGAGGAGUGCCGGGCUGCAACGGAACCAAGGGCGACAGAGGUUUCCCAGGAGGCUCAGGGAUCCCCGGAGCUCAGGGCCUCCCGGGUCCACCUGGUGUGCCGGGACCGAAGGGAGACCCAGGUGACGUGAUUUCCACCAAUCGAUUCGGAGAGAAAGGAGCGUUGGGAUUACCCGGAUUACCAGGAGCUCCUGGCAUUCCUGGAACUCCAGGUUCACCAGGCGCACUCGGCCCUCCAGGACCCAGAGGCUUCGAGGGUCGUCCAGGUCCUCCAGGCGCUCCGGGACCAAAGGGAAACAUGGGUCUGAACUUCCAGGGACCAAAGGGAGAGAAGGGCGAACCCGGCUUGCCAGGACCUCCUGGACCUCCCGGUCAGGUCGGGGAACAGAAGAGGCCGCCGGAGACGGAGAUCCAGAGAGGAGACAAGGGCGAACCAGGAUUUCCAGGACCUCCAGGUGAUCCAGGUUAUCCAGGACCUCCUGGUCCCUCUGGUGGACAGAAAGGAGAGAAGGGAGAACCAGGAGAGGCGGGCAAGAGAGGCAAACCAGGCAAAGACGGCGAUCCAGGUCCUCCAGGGUUCCCCGGAGUCAAAGGAGAGUCGGGCCUCCCAGGUCCUCCAGGCAGAGACGGAGAGAGAGGAUUCAAAGGUGACCGUGGAUUCCCAGGUCCUCCAGGAGUGGUGAUCGGUGGGUCAACGGGCGGUCGGGUCGGAGCUAAAGGUGAGCCUGGGUACCCCGGAUCACCUGGACUCAAAGGAGACCGAGGACCUCCAGGUUUGACUGGACCUCCAGGAGCUCCAGGAAUUCCAUCCAUCGGCGGCGGCGGCGGGCCCGGAUCUCCAGGUUUCCCCGGAGAGAGAGGUCAGAAGGGAGAACUGGGCCCUCCAGGUAUCUCUCUGCCAGGACCCCCGGGACGCCCAGGGUCUCCUGGAGCGCAGGGACCCCCAGGGCGCCCCGGACCUCCAGGCAUCUCCAGCGGAGGACAGACCUGCAUCCCAGGAGAGCCUGGAAGUCCUGGGCUGACGGGAGAACGAGGUUACCCCGGAGAGACGGGCCAGAAAGGUGAGAAGGGCGACACCUGUGUGAACUGCUUUGGAGGCACCAGCUCCCUCCCCGGACCUCAAGGACCUCCAGGACAGCCUGGAUUCCCCGGAGGUCCUGGUGGCCCCGGAGCCAAAGGAGACCGAGGCUUCCCAGGGACCCCCGGUGGUAUCGGUGCUCCUGGUUCUCCUGGUCCUCAGGGUUCUCCAGGUUACCCCGGAGAGAAGGGAGACCCGGGUGAUGCCAUCACGGUCAACGGUGGGAGGGGGGACAAGGGUGACACCGGAUUCCCUGGACCCCCCGGUCUGCCCGGUCUGGACGGUCGCCCCGGUCGGGACGGGCAGCCUGGACCUCAGGGCGCUAAAGGAGCUUCUGGCUCUCUGCUGGUGAAAGGAGAGCGAGGACUCCCCGGUGAGCCCGGUGCUCCCGGUCUUCCAGGAGACAGGGGCCCCCCAGGUGGUCCCGGCUUUGGACCUCAAGGGCCCCCAGGAGAGAAAGGUAUCCAGGGCGUCUCAGGAAGACCUGGAGGUCCCGGUGCACCUGGAGCUAAAGGUGAACCGGGCCUGACGGUGGCAGAAAAAGGUUUACCAGGACCCAGAGGACUGGAUGGAGAGCCCGGACUGCCCGGCUCACCAGGUCAGCCUGGACAGCCUGGGUUCCCUGGUUUACCAGGAGCUAAAGGAGACCCCGGACUCCCAGGCAUCGGACUCCCAGGACCCCCCGGAGCUAAAGGAAUCCCAGGUAUCCCCGGACAGCCAGGAUCUCCGGCAGGACCUGGAAGACCAGGAGUGGAUGGACUCCCCGGUCAGCCUGGAUUUCCUGGACCCAAGGGCGAACCCGGCUUCGGACUUCCUGGACCUCCUGGUUUACCGGGCGUCCCUGGAUCUAAAGGUUUCCCCGGACCGAAGGGAGAUCCUGGUUUCCCUGGAGGCCCUGGUGCACCAGGACGAUCUGGAUUUGAUGGCGCUCCAGGAGCAAAAGGUGACCCCGGUACACCUGGUAUACCUGGAGCUCGUGGCCCACCUGGAUCCUCCAGCAUUGGAUCUCUGGGACCCCCAGGGCCCCCUGGACCUGGAGGCCUGAUGGGACCACCAGGAUUCCCUGGAGCGAAUGGAGAGAAAGGAGACCCCGGUACACCAGGUCUAGACAUCCCUGGUCUGCCCGGAGACAGAGGAAGUCCUGGUUUCCCAGGUUCCCCAGGACCAGUCGGAUCCCCAGGACCCCCUGGAGGACCAGGACGGGAUGGCGUUCCUGGACUGCCAGGUCAGAAAGGAGACAUGGGUCCGAUGGGACCUCCAGGACCCUCUGGAGGACCAGGAGGCCCAGGAGGGCCAGGCGGUCCCGGACUUAAAGGUGAACCUGGAUUCCCAGGUAGAGAUGGUGGACCAGGAGGUCCUGGUGGUAAAGGAGAGAGGGGAGACCCCGGUGUCCAGGGGCCCCCAGGAACCAGCCCGCCGUCAGUCCUCACAAAGGGAGCCAAAGGAGAUCCUGGACUACCAGGUUCACCAGGUUUUCCAGGUCAGAAAGGCAUCAGUGGUCUCCCCGGUGACCCCGGACUGCCCGGAUCAGACGGACGCCCAGGAAUCCCCGGACCACAAGGUCCAAAGGGAGAUCCUGGCAUCCCAGGAGGUCCAGGGUCCCCUGGAGGUCCAGGACUAAAAGGUGGCAUGGGAGAAAUGGGAUUCCCAGGACCAUCUGGCCAGAAGGGUCUACCAGGCUCACCAGGUCGGCCAGGAUCCCCAGGACAGCCAGGAGGUCCUGGUUUCCCUGGAGCCAAAGGUGAACCAGGUUCUGCUGGGGUUGGACCGCCUGGAGCACCCGGAUUCAAGGGUGAGCCAGGCCAGCCAGGCUUCCCAGGAAGUCCAGGACUGAAAGGAACCCCAGGAUCACCGGGUCUCCCAGGUAUACCAGGAGGACCAGGUUCCAAAGGCGACCCCGGCCUGCCAGGGUUCCAAGGUUCUCCUGGUAUCCCCGGUCCGAAGGGUCUCGAUGGCGGGCCAGGUGCCCCAGGUCUCACAGGAGCCCCAGGUAGACCAGGGGAGCCCGGUCGACCAGGAGGCCCUGGAUUGCCCGGAGAGAAGGGUCAGGCAGGUCGUGAUGGGAUCCCCGGACCAGCUGGAGUCAAAGGAGAGCCCGGCCUUCCUGGUUACGGUGGUCCUGGUCCUAGUGGGCUUCCAGGGUUGCCAGGUUCUAAGGGAGACGCAGGUCUUCCUGGUCCAUCCGGCAGUCCUGGUUUCCCCGGAUCUAAAGGAGACCCAGGCUUCCCCGGUGCCCCUGGUCCUCCAGGUUCCAGCGGCCCUCCUGGACCUUCGGGACAGGCUCUGCAGGGCCCGAAAGGACUCCAAGGACCCCCUGGACCACCUGGCAGAGCAGGUCCAUCCGGCCCACAGGGUCCCCGCGGACCCCCGGGAAGUGGCGGCGUUAAGGGAGAGAAGGGUAUCCCCGGCGCUCCCGGCCAGCCCGGCUUCCCCGGACAGAAGGGAGAAGGCGGCGUUCCAGGAUUCCCGGGUUCCUCUGGUCUUCCUGGUGCCUCUGGCCUGAAGGGAGACGUCGGUCUGCCUGGCGUUCCCGGAUUCCCUGGACCAAAGGGAGACCCGGGACUUCCCGGUCGCGGCGGCCUUCCUGGAGAUCCUGGAGAUGUAGGACCGACUGGUCCUCCUGGAGAUCCCGGCGUUCCUCCGGCUCCCAUCGUGGUGAAGGGAGAGCGAGGACCUACUGGUGCUCCGGGCCAGCCUGGUAACCGAGGAUCGCCUGGUGCUCCUGGACGUGAAGGACUCCCAGGUCAGCCCGGUAACCCUGGAGAUCCUGGUACUGAGGGUCCUCCUGGCUUCAGCGGACCCCCCGGCAGGAAGGGAGACCCGGGACCAGCCGGUCAGCCCGGUCAGCGAGGCUACCCUGGUCCUCCUGGUUCCGACGGUCCACAGGGUCCUCCCGGUCUCCCGGGAUCGGUCUCCGCGGCCCACGGCUUCCUCAUCACCCGACACAGCCAGUCGACGGAGGUGCCCAGCUGUCCUGAGGGAACGAACCCCAUCUAUGACGGAUACUCUCUGCUGUACGUGCAGGGCAACGAGCGGGCCCACGGACAGGACCUCGGCACGGCCGGCAGCUGUCUGCGCAGGUUCAGCCCGAUGCCCUUCAUGUUCUGCAACAUCAACAACGUCUGCAACUUCGCCUCCCGCAACGACUACUCCUACUGGCUGUCCACGCCCGAGCCCAUGCCCAUGUCCAUGGCCCCCAUCACCGGACAGAGCAUCAAGCCCUACAUCAGCAGGUGUGCAGUGUGUGAAGCUCCAGCCAUGGUGAUCGCAGUCCACAGUCAGACCAUCCAGAUUCCCACUUGCCCCUCCAACUGGGAACCGAUGUGGAUUGGAUACUCCUUCAUGAUGCACACCAGCGCCGGCGCCGAGGGCUCCGGUCAGGCUCUGGCCUCCCCCGGUUCCUGCCUGGAGGAGUUCCGCAGCGCUCCCUUCAUAGAGUGCCACGGCAGAGGGACGUGCAACUACUACGGCAACUCCUACAGCUUCUGGCUAGCCACCGUGGAGCAAUCUGAGAUGUUCAGGAGGCCCCAGUCGGAGACCUUCAAGGCGGGUAACCUCCGGGCUCGUGUCAGCCGCUGUGUGGUCUGCAUGAAGAGGACGUAACGGCAGCAAGCCAACCCACCGUCGCCGGGGGACGCCCGAUCGAUAACAAGAGAUGAUUGGAUAACGGGGGACAAGUUGGGGGAGGGGAGGGUGGGCAGUCGUCGUCGUCGUCGUGACCGCUGACGUGGCGACGAAGGUGGAAUUCCCAUGGUGCAUUGUCUUCCGUGAAAAAAACAGAAAAACUAACUACGACUAAAACAAUGGUGCUACUGUGCAACACAGCUUAAAAAAAAAAAAAGAAAAAAAGAAAAAAGUAAACAAAUCUUACAUUUAGUCUUUGUUUUCUUAAGAAGUACCUCAAAAUGAAAGCAGAAAAAUAUCCACUACAUGGUGCCAUGAUGGAUGUGUGACAACAAAAGUGCAUUUUUCAUUCUUCUCCCUUCUUUCCUGAAAGGAUCUUUGUUGCCUUUCUCUCUUUAGAAAAAAAAAAAAAAAACGUUGGUGCAGCAAAAUGUGAUUCUGUACAUCCGAUUUUUUUUUUUUUUGUUUAUCUUUGUUUUGUUUUGGGCCUUACUGAUGAGGAGUGGAUGGUCUCCACGGUUACCAAAUCGGCACUUUGACUUCGGAACAUCCAAGAUGAGAGAUGCACUGACGAUGAGCUUUCCUUAGUGAGACUUACUGCCUUUUUUAUUGCUAGCUCUUCAUUCACACGCCCUUUCCCUCUCUCUCGCUGUCUUUUUUCUGUCGUCUUACGUGACGUUUGGUGGUACUAACCCUGCUGUAGCCCGCCUGCUAACCAUCCGCUACACCUACUUUCUCCUAUUUUUUUUUUCUUUUGUAAGUAAUAAAAUGUGUAUAUUGUGUAAAACACCUUUUGUUUUUAGUGUAUUAGGUCUUGAAUCAGUACCAGCUGUUUGUUACGACAGUUUUCCAGGUUUUCUUUUUAGCUCACACACUCACGCAUUCACACACACAAACACACACACACACAUUUACUUCAUCGCUCACCGACACACACCAACUCAGAUAUUGUACAAAGUAAGGCUUUUAUGAAUGAAACAGUAUUUUAUAUAUAAUAAAUAUAUAUUUGAAAAAAAGAGGAUAAAAAGGUAUAUAAACUUUAUUCGGCUGUGGGGAGAUUGUUCACUGUUUUCAACCACGAAACCUUCAUGAAUUUCACCGACACAUAAAGCUAACUCCUGAGCACGAGCGGAGUCGUUUUCCCUCAGACAGUCCUGUAUGAUAUUAACAGAGCCAAUAAAUCGUUUGUAUUCAAUUUGUAGAGUUAAUAAAUGUCGAGCUGAAGCAUGGGGGAGUCGUAGUCUAAUAAUUGGGGAAUGUUAUAAAUAUUUGUGCAAAAAAAAAAAGAAAAAAGGAUUUGAAUCUACUUGAGUAGAAAACCACGAUACGUGUUCUUUGUUUUUUAACAUUUCCAGGUGCUGGGCUUUGCUGUAAAAACAGGUCCUGGGGUUUUUGGGGGGCCGCCUUCGCACCCAAAACCUGCAAAUCCACUUUCGCUGGCUUGAAUUUGUAUCCAAAACCGGUUCGAGUGUUCACACUUGGCCCCGUUUGUACGUUUAAAUCAGGUGUACCGGUCCCCGAUGUGACGCUUCUCACACCAGGCGCUCAGACUCCUGAUGUACUGUAAGUCUGCAAGAGCUGUUUUUAGGGGGGAAGAAAUAUUUUCCUGUGAUUUUAUUGUUAUUUUUAUUUUUUCAAAACUGCUUUUAUGAAUUCUAAUUUUGUCAACCUGGGGUGCGAUUAAAAAUGUGUAUUAAUUUGUUUGUUGUUUUUUUUUUUUUUUUUUUUUUUUUUUUUGUUUUAAUGUCAUGUUAUAUCCAGAAGUUGUUAUAAACUUUUAAGACUGAAAUAAAUACGAUGUCCAAAG